GGGAAGCGCCGGGCCCUUCAAGACUGCUGGCGUGCGCGAUGGCCGUCCCGUGCACUUUGAUCACCAGCUGCGCUGCGGGCUUCCCCGGGGAGGAGCUGGUGAAACGUAUCACUGGAGAAGAAGAGCUCCCUGAGCACAUGGCCGCCGAGAGCGGAGCUCGGUUUUACCCCUGGAUGAUAGACAAUAAAUAUUACUCCGCUGCCAUCCAUCUCUGCGUGGUGGCAAACAUGUUUCAGGUGACGGCGGAAAUUGCCGAGUCCAUUCAGGCUUUCCUGAUCUACUUUGACAGCACCGCAAUAUCUGGGCUGGAUGCUGUUUCUCAGUGGCUGCCUCUUAUAGAAGACUGGCUACCAGAAGUGAUGAUCUUGGUCUGUGACAGAGUCUCUGAAAAUGGCAUCAGCCGGCAGAAGGCGCAAGAGUGGUGCAUCAAACACAGCUUUGAGUUGGUGGAGCUCAGCCCAGAGGAGCUUCCAGAUGAGGAUGACGAUUUCCCAGAAUCUACAGGAGUCAAACGAAUUGUUCAAGCCUUGAAUGCCAACGUCUGGUCAAACGUGGUGAUGAAAAACGAGGCGAGUCACAGCUUCGGCCUUUUCCCAGCCUUCGCAGGGGCAGAUCUCAGGAUCGGGUCAGAUGAGAACGAAGCACCAGAAGCCAACUCUUUGCCAGCAGAGAGGGCCCAAUCUAUGCUGGAUUCAGAAGCAACCCUGGCCCCUGCGGAGGGAACCCAGGGGGACCCCGUGGCUGACCCAGCGCUGGACACGGACAUUCAAGAGCUGGCCAGCCUCACCACAGGAGAAGGAGACAUCGAGAACUUUGAGCGACUCUUCUCCAAGUUGAAGGAAAUGAAAGAAAAGGCUGCCACCCUGCCUCAUGAACAAAGAAAGCUGCAUGCCGAAAAGGUUGCCAAAGCCUUCUGGAUGGCCAUCCGAGGAGACCAGGAUGAGAUUGAAGGCUUGUCUUCCGACGAAGACAACUGAGGAUGGGGGGUCUGCAAGCUGGAACGGGACUCUGGUUCUGGAUAUGCCACCCUGGUUUUGCCGAGGCCUCGUUUUCUCCGCAGCCCCGGCAGAGACUUUGGGGUGGGGGUGGGGUGGGGGGGAAGGGGUGUUCCUUGAGACUUAGUUCAUUCUUGUUCUGCAGCAGCGGAGAGCAGCUGCCUCCGUGGCCCCCCUGCCUGGAUCUACCAAGGGGAAGGUGGACCUUCAAGUGAACAGAACCUGGUCCCAACUAAAGGAGAAGCUGCACGGAGGCUGCUUGGGCAGAGGCUGCUUUGGCAUAAACCAAGCAUGGGUCCAUUUGCCUUCCAGCUUGUCUUCAUAUCAAAAAAACAACUGAAAUCUGGAGAGGAAUGUUAGUAGGAGGUUAUCUGAUAGUUUAGGAGUCCCGAUGUCCCCAGGCCCUUAGAAGGGGAGAAGCGCUGAGAGAGGCGCCUUCUCUUGGCUCAGCUUCAUUUGGAAUCGGAUCCCGAGUGUUUAUCCAAUGCUGGCCGGCCGAGACAGAGGUUGCUUGCAUGCCAUCCACCCUGCCUGGAAGCUGAGGAUGAACCAGCGCAAGGAGAAACAUCUGAACGCCUUCUCAAUUCUCUCCAGGGAUUCCAUCAGUGGCAGCUUAGAGAGGCUGUGUGCAACUCCUGCCUUGCUUGAAGGUGGCUGUUGCAUCACAGCCUUUGGAGACAACGAAGGGGGGGGGGUCUUCCUUCGGGAGGGGAGCACAUCUCUCUGCCCAACCUUCUGCAGCCAGGAAUGUUAGGAUUCUACUAGAUUCCUUAUGCCAGGAGGGGUCCUCGAUCCCUGGGCCCUGCAAGCAGCAGGAGAGCACGCAUGCACAGGCCCUGCAUGCUGUUUCCUGCAAAAGGCGUGUAGAUCUUGGGGCUCCCUCCUAGUGUCAGAACCUGUUUGGUUUCAGCAGAACUGAGCCAUCUCUGGCCACCCCCAGGCUCGAAGGAGCCCCCCCCCCCAGGCAGAUAAAGCACUUUAGAGUCUAGUUCGGGGGUCCCCAAACUUGGCAACUUUAAGAUUUGUGGACUUUAACUCUCAGAAUUCUCCAGCCAGCUCUGCUGGCUGGAGAAUUCUGAGAGUUGAAGUCCACAAGUCUUAAAGUUGCCAAGUUUGAAGACCUCUGGUCUAGUUACUGCGGCUGGAAACUUCCCCCCUGCCGCCUGUUGGGAUCCCAUUGUUCUGUGCCGUUCUUCACACUUCUUCCGCUGGGAGACGUGGCCAUCCAGCUGUUCCAUCCUGCCGUUUUGGGCUGCAGCUCCCAUCAUCCACAGUCAUUGAUAUCCCCGGUUGGGUUGGAUGCCAGCUGCUGCUGCUGCUUUCAAGACCCGGAGAUGGCCCUGUUGGGAAAGGCAGCUGUGUGGAGGUCCAGCUGUGGGGGAGGGGGAGACCGUUUGUUUGUUUGGUGUUGUGUUGGGAUGAAUAAAGUCUGCUCAAAACACAA